AUGGAUUCUCACCAAUCCCAUGACAACAACACCACUCAUGUUGCGCAAGCCCAAGGUCCUGACUCUGUUCAGCCAGGGAGCAGUGUGAACACUCAAGCCGCCGCCGGCCAGGCUGCUGUCUCUCAUGCGUUGCCCGCGUCGAUGCUUACACAGUCUGCAAGUGACUCCGACAGCAGCAGAUCAGAAUCACCUGAGAUCCAAACAGGCAAGAGAGGUGCGAAGGCACGUGGUGAAGUGCUAGAAGUUUCUCCUGGGAAGUAUGCCAGAUACAAUCCUGUAACAAAGGUGUGGAAGACGUCGAUCAAACUUCAGGAUGGAGACUCCACAGAAUCUCGGCUCUCCAAAAAGCCAAUCUACGAGGGUCUUGAACUCGCCCCUUUAGACUCGGCCAAAUCGGCAGCUGCGCAAAGUGCUGACCAGAGACAAAUGUCAAAGCCGGGACAAAGCGAACUUGCUGUGCUUCGGAGCACCUGCAUUACUAGUGAUGGCAGAGGCUCAACGACCGAUCCCGUCGUACAGGCUCUGAGACGUGAUUCAGCCAGUGGAGACUUACCUCAAGAAGAAGGCAACCAAGCAGCGCCCGCCACCGGAGCCAACAAGGAUGACAAUGAUGAUGCUCACCAGAGGGUUAUUCGAACGACUGGAGGCAGCUGCCUUGACACUUCCGCUGCGCCUUUGUCAGACAUCUACCGCAUUUUCGACCUUAUCACUGAGCGUGCUGUGAGCGAAGGACUGCUAGAUGCCUGCAAACCCUUUGGAGAUGGGGGCUUCAGAGUACUCACCAUGUGCUCCGGCACAGAAAGCCCAUUUGUCGCUAUGGAUCUGGUUCGAAAGUCUUUGACAUCGCGAGGGGAUGGUGACAAAUUCAAGUAUCAGCAUCUUGGGAGUGCCGAGAUCGAGCCUUUCAAGCAAGCCUUCAUCGAACGAAACUUUAGUCCACCUGUGAUCUUCCGGGACGUAACGGAGUUCGGACCCCAUGCGCAAAAUCCAGACAAUGAGGACUAUCUGCCGGUCACAGCGUACGGAGGGCGCUACACACCUCCCCACGACGUUCACAUCUUGGUGGCUGGCUCCUCUUGCGUGGACUACUCCGCUUUGAACAGCACUAAAGGAGAGUGGAAAGGACAGCGCGGCGAAGGCGAGUCCGCUAAGACCUUGGAUGGUAUUGGAGCAUAUGCCAAGAUGUACAAGCCAACCAUCAUCAUAAUUGAGAACGUGGAGGGAGCUCCAUGGAACGAGAUCAAAAUCUUCUGGCGCAAGAAAGGGUACGAGUCUGUGGCCGUCAAGCUGGAUUCGCUCGAUUAUUAUCUUCCACAAACGCGGAAUCGAGGAUAUUUGCUCGGCAUUAACAUCGAGCGAGCUCAAGAAAUAGGGUUUGACAUCGAGGAAGCCCACAAGCGAUGGGUCAUGUUGAUGGCUCUUUUCCAACGCCGUGCAUCGUCGCCAUAUUGCGACUUCAUCUUCAGCGACGACGACCCGCGUCUACACCUUUCCAAGUACACUAGCGAGGACAGCAAAGCAAGACCUUCUUCGCAGGAUUGGGUCAAUUGUCGCAAACGCCAUGUGGCCGCACGCGUGCAAGAUGGACUGGGAAUUGGCACACCAUUUACCAACCGCCGUGGGAAUACGGAACCAAAACUAGACGAUUAUGCCGACCAGACCUGGGCGAUGAUCCAAUCCAGGAGGAUCCUAGAUGUUCUUGAUAUCCAUCUACUCAGCAAUGUGUCUAAGCGGGGCUACGAUAUGACAUACAAGCACAGAAAUAUCAAUGUGUCACAGAAUAUCGACCGCGACACAGAUAGGCGCCAGUGGGGUGUCGUUGGAUGCGUUACGCCUUUUGGCUGCCUGUUUGACACUCGACGAGGCGCUCCGUUGGCUGGAGCCGAGAUACUCUCAUUGCAAGGAUUCGCGAUCAAGGAGCUCGACCUACAGAAGCACAAUUCAAGACAGUGCCAGGAUUUGGCCGGAAACGCAAUGUCGACAACAGUCAUCGGAGCAGCGAUGCUGAGUGCGGUCAUUGCCUGUGACAAGACUUCUGGGACGGGGCCUAGCAUAUUUCCGGCGUACGUUGACCAGACACUAGGCGAAAGUGAAACACCUCGCCAUCGUCCUUCAGAAAAUACCACUGAGCAAGCCUUGGAAGCGGCGAUUGAAAAGGACAGUCUCGAACACAUUGUCGAAACUUGGACGAGUGCUCAUGAUGCAAAAUCUCUAAGCGACAUCGUCCGUCUCGCUGUGGACCUCCAACCGCUGUGUCAUUGCGAGAGCCUUCAUCGGCGCAGCAGACACGAGAUAUUGUUUUGUCCAGAGUGCUAUUACACAUGCUGCAAGGGUUGUAGCAGAAACACGCAUGGGCAUCAAAGAUUGAGCCGUCUAGCGAUCCCACAAGAAGACCGUCCCCUGGCGAACACAUUUGUGAACCACCUGGUUGAGCUACUCCCUCCAGUCCUGCAGAAUCGACGCCCAGAUGACCUAACACAGUUGUUCAACAACGACGUCUUCGAAUCGACAAGGGAACGAAUCUUGGAAGCACUUGGAAGUCAGGUGCAAUUCCACAAGAUCAAAUUUGAAGGUUCUUGGAAGGCCGUGUACGAGUCAAGCAGCUGCCGCCUGGAGCUCGAGUUUGUCCAGAAGCGCUAUCUCCGUGAUCCAUGUUCGGACCAAGAGCAAUCGGACAAACAGCACCUCCAUCUAGACGCCACGCCCACAUGGGUACUAUUCGCCAAAGCUCCAGAAGAGGAACCAGCAAAGAGCGCGAUGCGAGAUUUGUUCCGAUACCCCAUGGCCAGAAUGUACCCUCUUGCGAACCUCUUUGAAGGAGUAUGGGAAUAUUGGGACGGACAGUCGAAAAACUUCACGCUUCAUGUCACCAGCAAAGGUGAACAAGUCAAAUCAUGGGAGCAGAAUCUAGGCAUCCAGACCGAACCGUUUGCUUCGCUAAAUGCAUUCUCAACUCUCGAAGUCCGACCAAGCGAUUCUUCCCAAGGGGUACAGUCCUCAGUGCUUGAUGGAGUCAUCGGGGAGUACAAGCUGCUCCAGAAGUGUCCUGCUCCAAGCGGCACUUUGCACAGAAGAGUAGGCCAGUCGCCUUCGGAGGCACCAACCUUUCUGUUCCUGAAUGCCGGCGCUCUGACAGACGCAUACCUUGAUCGUGUUGUCUUCUCAACUCAGCCAUCUCGUCGAGACCUCAAUGACGACAGAGCAGUUCUCGUGAGCAUUGACGCCCCCUGGAGACCUCUCGCUACAGCCGAGCUGGCCGCAGGCAUGGAAAUCAACUGUGAGAUGGUGAACCGAUGGUCAAACUCCCAAGGGCAGAGUCUGCAGAUACCAAUCCACGAGAACACCAUCCACAAAUGGUGUCAGACUUCAAACGCUAGUCUUAUAUCUACUGACGGCUGUGGCCAGAGUCACUCAACAAUUCUGCUGUUGGACUUGACCUUUGACACGAAUGCCGUACAAAGAUUGCAGUACCGUCGAGAUCUCUGUGUUGACUUGGAACGGCAACCUGAAGCAUUAAGCGAAUUUGGCUGGAUUGCGUCUCAUGCAGCCCGAAUCCCUCAAUUGAACAAGGGUUGGCAACGCAUCAACGACCUCGAGAUGACCAUAUGCACGGAAUGUUCCCCUUCACCACCCUCACUCAAGUGGAUCGUGAAAAGUUUGAAGGCCAGUGAGAAGGUUGUCGCCCUGGAGAGUCCACUAGAGGCAGCUAAGUAUGAACGCCUUCUGAAAAUGAGACCUAAGGCAGGACUUGCACUCUUGCAGACGCUCGACGACAAAGUUGUACUGAAUGUUAUGGUCAACGUCAAGACAUUGGCUCACCGCGCUGUCGCACAGCUAGCGAAUCCUGACCAGACUAUUCCUGCUUUCAAAUCUCUGGAAUGGCGACUAGAUUCAUACGACCGCUUCGCUCCUCCGCGAGAGUUUGUUACACCACAGCUAUUGUCAAAUGAGCAAGACCAAGUCGACCCGCAAAUCAACAUCGACUUACACCUCAAGCGCCAAUUGUGGCCUACUCAAUCCCGCGCUCUUGCUUGGAUGUACUCUCAAGAAAACAGUCCGCCACAAUGGGAUGAAAUGUCUUUGGUCGAGUCUUGCCUGCCCGCUCUAGGAUGGAGACUUGAAACAAAGGCUCUCCUACCAAAAACUGAAGUUCGCGGUGGCAUUAUCGCCGACGAAGUGGGGGGAGGAAAGACCACCACUUCUCUUGCAUUGGUCGAGCUAGACUAUGAACGGUCUUCGACAGCAUUCAAACCUGACUCUCAUGAUCCGACAAAAUUUCAGUCUGACGGGACGCUGAUAUUGGUGCCAAAAAAUAUCGUCAAGCAAUGGGCGUCUGAGAUCGCAAAAACUCUGGAUUGGAAAGAACUCACCGCGAGUAACACAAGGUCGAUUACAGGGCCAUAUUACAUCGUCGCCGAGUCAGUAAAGCAGCUACAGGCUUAUUCUCACGAGCAAAUCCGUUCAGCACGACUUAUCCUAGCCCCAUGGGACAUGUUCAACGACACUGAGUAUUGGACCUAUUUGCGCUUGAUUGCUUGCUCUCCAUGCUUUCCAAACGAUCCUGGCCGUGCUUUUCAAGAGUGGCUGAGUGUGGCUUUGUCCAAUCUAGGUUUGUGUGUCGAGGGGUUGCGCGAAGACCAGGCCAAGUUCUGGACCAGAUGGGCUGAAGUCAGAUCGACAACAACUGCCGAAUCCAAAUAUGAGCGAUUUGAAGGAUAUGUGACGCGAGCGACCAACAAAGCCGCCAUCAAAGCAGAACAAGAAGCUAAGCGGAAGAAGAAGGCCGAGAAAGCUGCAGAAGCCAAUAAUGAAGAUGAUCAAGCGGAAGAAGACAACGCACCCAAGAACCCUAAAUCUCGGUCAAGGACCGACACAAACAACGAUCAGACUACAGCUAAGCAACUGCAGAUGACAGCUGAAGAGGUUCUCAGUGAGGAACUGGCUGCUUUUGAGACAAAAGGGAAAAUUCCUGUUCUCCUGCACAUGUUCGCAUUCCGAAGACUUAUUGUGGAUGAAUUCACCUAUAUCCACGGCGAGACAAUGCUGGCGCUUCUGCAACUUGAUGCCUCUGCAAGAUGGCUGCUUUCCGGGACACCACCGAUUCACGAUUAUGAUAACGUGAAUACCAUGGCAAAACUGUUGGGGACGCAGAUCGCGGCUUACGAUGAGAAGGAAGGCAAGUUUGGAUUUGGAAUAGAUCGAACCAAGAUGAUCAGAGACCGAUCCGACGCACAAGAAUUCCACUCAUAUCAAAACAUCGCUUCGCCGGCAUACAAGGAACAGAUAUAUGGACUUGCACACGAGUUUUCGUCAAAAUUCAUUCGGAAGAACCAGAUUUCAAAAGAAGGUCUUGUGAGGCAAAGAAUUCACUACACAUUUCUGCCUACUCCUUCCGAGUUAAUCACACAUGCGGACGUCAAGCCACUGGCAAUGGAUCCAGAUCGAACAUUCAACAGAAAGACCAUCAAAACAAAGAUCGUAGCGACUUCGGAAGAACCUAAGACUCUCCAGUUGCUAACGACCAUGGUCGACCAAACGAGCGGACCGAUCGAGGCCCAGUUGUGCUCGAGUUUGAUGCUGGAAACUGUCCAAAGUGUGGAGGCCGAGACAAACGGCCAGAGUGACGAAGAGGUGUUGAAGACCCUCAUUGGAGUCGAGGUGCAAAGACUGACCAACCUGGUCAACGAACAAAGACGGUUCGUUCUGCACAGAUCUCAAAAACUCUUGCAAGUCCUGCGAGAACUCUCCUUUCUCAAGGACACGGUGGAAGAAUCGGCGGCAGCAAGUUUUGCCAGUUUCAUGCAGAACGCCGCCAAUGGCAACUUGGCCGACACCGUGGCCGUCGAGAUUGUGAAGCUCCUCCUCGACUACUCGCAGGAGAACCCUCUGGCGCCCGGUCGUCUUCUUUCAAAGUCCGGCGGUGGCCAGACCUCAUUCACGUUGGAUGAGGUCCAAAAGGCCGCCGUCGGCACGAAGGAAGUCGACUUGCGGAUGGCCAUGGUGGAGACCCACCUGGAGGUUCUCCUGCGAGGACUUCGUCGACUGCGUUUUAUGGGUGUCGUGGUGGACUCCUUCGAGGGCACUUCGCCUUCGGGCGAAUGUUCGACAUGCGGCAAGACGCCGUUACACAAGGCAGGGCUUUCGGUCGCAACCCAAUGCGGCCACCUCCUGUGCGAACUGUGUCUCUCGAAGGAGUGCUGCGAGUUCCGGGCGGCUGGAGACGUCAUUCCAGUCAACCUUUUCGAACUCCGCACGACCUCAGGGGCUCCCGGCUCGGUGACCGGGGCCAGAAUGCGGCUCGCCGUGGCCAUCGCUAAGACGGCCACCCAGGAAGGAGACUCGGUCCUGGUGUUUGCCCAGUUCGAGGGCAUGAAACGCGCCUUUGUCAAGGCGUGCCGCGCAGCAGACAUUGUCUGCUACGACGGCUACCAGGGCGCUUCGGCGCGGGCGGCUGUGGAGAACUUCCGGCAGGGGAAGGAGCCUGGCGUCCUUGUUCUCAAGGUCGACAGCCCUGACGCUGCCGGUUGGAACCUUCAGGUCGCCAACCAUGUCAUCUUUCUGGCGCCCUUUGUGGCGGGCGAGGAGGAGCGGAAGGCCACCAUGGCCCAGGCAAUCGGUCGGUCAUGGCGACCAGGUCAGAAAAAGGACGUUCGCGUCCAUUUUCUGACCGCCUUGACGACCAUCGAGCCGGGCAUGGUGGUCUGGGAGGACGAGUAG